AUGCCCACCAGCGAGACCGAGUCGGUGAACACAGAGAACGUGAGUGGCGGAGGCGAGAACCAAGGCGGCUGUGGGAGUCUCUGGUGCUGGUGGAAAAGAAGAGGCACGGCCAAGGCUGGGCCCUCUGGGUGUCGGCGGUGGGGCCAAGCCAUCUCAAAAUCCAAGCUCAGCCGACGCUGGCGUCGCUGGAACCGCUUCAAUCGCAGAAGAUGUCGGGCUGCUGUGAAGUCUGUCACGUUUUACUGGCUGGUUAUUGUCCUGGUGUUUCUCAACACCUUAACCAUUUCCUCUGAGCACUACAACCAGCCUGACUGGCUGACGCAGAUUCAAGAUAUCGCUAACAAAGUCCUCCUGGCUCUGUUCACCUGCGAGAUGCUGGUAAAAAUGUAUAGCUUGGGUCUCCAGGCAUAUUUCGUCUCUCUCUUUAACCGGUUUGAUUGCUUCGUGGUGUGCGGUGGAAUUACCGAGACCAUCUUGGUGGAGCUGGAGAUCAUGUCUCCCCUGGGGAUCUCUGUGUUUCGGUGUGUGCGCCUCUUAAGGAUUUUCAAGGUGACCAGGCACUGGACUUCCCUGAGCAACUUAGUGGCCUCCUUGUUAAACUCCAUGAAGUCCAUCGCUUCGCUGUUGCUUCUGCUUUUUCUCUUCAUCAUCAUCUUUUCCUUGCUUGGGAUGCAGCUGUUUGGUGGCAAGUUUAAUUUUGACGAAACGCAGACCAAGCGGAGCACCUUUGACAAUUUCCCUCAAGCCCUUCUGACAGUCUUCCAGAUCCUGACAGGAGAAGACUGGAACGCCGUGAUGUAUGAUGGCAUUAUGGCCUAUGGCGGCCCGUCCUCCUCAGGGAUGAUCGUCUGCAUCUACUUCAUCAUCCUCUUCAUUUGUGGUAACUAUAUCCUACUGAAUGUCUUCUUGGCCAUCGCUGUAGACAAUCUGGCUGAUGCUGAAAGUUUGAAUACUGCCCAGAAAGAGGAAGCUGAAGAGAAGGAGAGGAAAAAGAUUGCCAGAAAAGAGAGCCUGGAGAAUAAAAAGAACAACAAACCAGAAGUCAACCAGAUAGCCAACAGUGACAAUAAGGUUACAAUUGAUGACUAUCGAGAAGAGGAUGAAGACAAGGACCCCUACCCACCUUGUGAUGUGCCAGUAGGGGAAGAGGAAGAGGAGGAGGAGGAGGAUGAACCUGAGGUUCCUGCUGGCCCCCGUCCUCGCAGAAUCUCAGAGUUGAACAUGAAGGAGAAAAUCGCCCCCAUUCCUGAAGGGAGCGCGUUCUUCAUUCUGAGCAAGACCAACCCGAUCCGCGUGGGCUGCCACAAGCUCAUCAACCACCACAUCUUCACCAACCUCAUCCUCGUCUUCAUCAUGCUGAGCAGCGCCGCCCUUGCCGCCGAGGACCCCAUCCGCAGCCACUCCUUCCGGAACACU